AUGGAGGAAUCUCUGCAAAUUCAGAGGUUGGAGGAAGCUCCUUCGGCCAGAAACUUCGAGUCUCGGAUCGAAUCCACGAACUUUCCCGCUGUUUUCAAUGGCUGCGUUAAGGAUUGGAAAGCUUUCUCCAAAUGGAAUCCAUCGAAUGGCGGCCUCGACUAUUUGCAGGAACGAGUCGGAUUGUGUGUUGUGGAGGCUAUGCUAUCUAGUUCUGCACCUGUCUUCUACGGUGAUCUUAGAAGCCAUGAGAGGGUACCGCUGCCAUUUUCUGCCUUCAUUGGUCUGUGUAAGCAACGCAUGCGUCAUUCAGAGGAUGGUUCUGGUGUUUGUUUUGAAUCAGAACAGCGUGCACUAUUGGAGCCUGUAUCUGAGUAUGACCGUAAGCCCUAUGAGGAUGCUACUCAACAAAUAUAUUUAGCACAGGUACCAAUAAUCAAUACUGAAAAUGAAGAGAGGGUUCAGUUAGAAUCUUUGCGGGAGGAUAUCCAAAUGCCUGUAUUUUUGGAGGAUAAAGUACUAGCUUCUACAAACCUGUGGAUGAACAAUGCUCAAGCUAGAUCAAGCACUCACUAUGAUCCACACCAUAACCUUCUCUGCAUAGUUUCUGGCUGCAAACAAGUGGUUUUAUGGCCUCCUUCAGCAAGUGCUAUGUUAUACCCUAUGCCAAUAUAUGGGGAGGCAUCAAAUCAUAGUUCCGUUCCUUUAGAGAACCCAGACUUUUCAAAUUAUCCAAGAGCACAAUGUUUAAUGGAGUACUCGCAGAAGGUUAUUCUUCACGCAGGUGACGCGCUUUUCAUUCCUGAAGGCUGGUUCCACCAGGUAGACAGUGAUGAUCUGACCAUUGCUGUCAACUUUUGGUGGCAGUCCAACAUAGUGUCAAACAUGUCAGAACACAUGGAUGCAUAUUAUCUGCGCAUAAUAUUAAGAAGAUUGACAGAUAAAGAAAUGAACCGAGUGCUGCCUAAAUCUUCUUUAGCUGAAAUGGAGAACAAGAAAAAGCAUACAUGUGUGGUGCUUAAUAAUGGAGGAGUAGAUCAGAAUGACAAUGAUUUGGAUCAGGCAUGUGAGAGAAAGGAUCUUAAAGGGAAGGAACUAGAGCAAAGAACCAUGUCGCAUGAACUGGAACCCCUCGCUAUCCAUGCUCUUCAUGAACUUGUUUCUUUAGUUCACCAUUGUGUUAAUGCUGCUGAGCUAAGACGACCAGUGCAAUCCACUUCAACAACUGAUUCUGCAGCUAGUGUGAAAGAUGAAUUCACCAAAGUUGUGAGAGCAAAUUCAUUUAGUUUGGAAGAUGACCCAGUUGCUAAAAUUAUUUGGGCUCUUCAACCGUGCACUUUUAGAAAUGUAUUUCUGGCCAUGGUGAAAAAUUUCCCAAGAACUCUGGAGGCUUUAAUACUGCACUUGCUUUCACCAGUGGGAGCGGAAGUGUUUACAUGUAAAUUUGAAGAAAUGGAUCAACAGAUCACUGAGGAAGAUCGGAACAGAUUCUACCAAGUUUUCUAUGGGGCAUUUGACGACCAAUUCGCUGCGAUGGAUGCAAUUCUAAACGGGAAAGAAUUAUUUGCACUCCAGGCAUACAAGAAUGUGUUAGAUAAGUAUUUGGGAGUGGAUUGGGGUGGGCCAAAACCCGGGGUCUGA